CUUAGAGCUCAUUUAUAAAUAAACAAACGUUGAAAGAUCAUUGUGUUGGGUUUCUAGAUGAAUCUUGGUUUUCAUAAGUGUUUGUAGAAAACCAUCAACGUGUUGGAAUACCUUGUCAUGUUUGCCAACCGUUUUUGGAAUAGAAUGGUUCCUUGAUAGGAUUUCAUAGAAAUGUUCUUCCUUACCUGUGACACGUAUCAUUGAAUUUUCGUUUCGUUCUAUCUUUAUCGUUUUCUUACUUCAAACUCGUCCGCCAAGACUUAGAGAUUUACAUGGAUAGAAACCGUCUUCAUCAAAGGACAUCAACAAACCUUGCUUUUUUUUUCCAUUCAUUCUUUCACCAAAUUUUAAUUCUCUUUCGUAUUGUUUAUAGAUAAAUUUUUUUUUUUUUAUUUCUGUUGUUUGUGAUUGCUCCCAAGUUAGUUCUCUGCCUUCUACCAUGGACAAUCGUAACUUAAAUAAGAUCGAAUGUUGAGAACAUCCAAACAUACCAAUAGCCACUACCAACUUUACCAACUCACAAGCCUCAAUUGAAUUUGCUAGGCACUUUUCUUUUUUAGUUCUUUCAUCUGUUUUUAGUAAUACAUUUUCCAAUGAUAGGAAGAAACCCAGAAAACUACUUGAACCACGUUAUUCGAAACGUCUACAAUGACUUUCAAUUGUUGAUUGACGAAGGCCUUCUGGACACCGAUGCUCUUCUUUGGCUUCAACAAAAACUUCCUCCACGCGGUGUUGCUCCCAAUGCUGGUCCUUCUAUGGAGUCUGGAAAAGCUGAUAUCCAAGCAUCUUCUGAUUCUGUCUCAGAACCCAAAACUAGCUCUGUGGCAUCAAAAGUUGCUACUCUCUCUUUAAAUCAAAGUGAUCAAAAAUCGCCUAUGGUUCCAUCAUCUUCGAAUGUUCCCCACCAAGGAAACCCAAGCACUUCUGGUAAAGCUUCUUCCUCUGUGGACACGGAUUCUGGACAUCCUGGUGGAGAGCCACCCAUGCCUCCUCCUCCAAGCUAUCCUCACGCAGUUGAAAAUUCUCCAGCUGAGCGCGUCGUUGCCCUAUACAACUUCCCAGGCCCUGACGCCGGCGAUCUGCCCUUCCGUGUUGGCGACAUCAUCCUCGUGAAGGAUCACAUUAACAACGACUGGUGGCGCGGUAGCCUACACGGAAGAGAAGGUAUUUUUCCUUCCAAUUAUGUUUCUGUUUUGGAUGAUGCUGCUACAAAGCCACCUUCAAUUCCUCCUGUCCAAUAUAUUUCGCCUGGUAGCUCUUCGUCCACUCCAAUAUAUCCUCCUCCGAAUGCCUACCCUGGCCCGGGCUAUGCUGUUCAACAGCCUCCUGCUCAACAACCAGUUAUUGUAGCACAAGGCUCUUCCCCUAAAAAACACAAUGGUUUGAAAAAGCUUGGUAGCAAUGUUGGAAAUGCCUUUGUUUUCGGUGCCGGUGCUACUGCUGGUGCCGAUCUUGUCAACUCUAUUUUUUAAAUUCAAUUUGCUGGUAUUUUUUUGAUUAUGUUUCCUUGUCUUGUUAUCCCGUAUCUUUAUGUUUCGUUCUCAUGUUCAUUUGAUGAAGAAUAUAUGGCUAUUUACGAAGCCGUUCCGUUUUUCUGAACGCUUUUUGAACUUUCUAGCUGUCUUUCUCUGCCAUGUAGCUUUUUCCUUUACUUUUUUUUCGAACAGAUUGAUUGCAUACCAUGUCUGCCUUUUGUUAGUGUAAAUAAUAAGUAUUCUAUAAAAAAAAAUAAUUACAUUUGAUGGAUUUGUUAUAAAAGUCAAUUGAAGAAAAUAAAAUUUUUAUUGAAAAUUAGUUUGUAUAAACG